CACUCCGUGAUUAUUCUGUUCAUCUUCUUCAUCUGAUCAGAGCCAGAGAGAGAGACAGAGAAAGCGCGCGUUUUAGAGAGAGAGAGAGAGAGAUGGCAACGGACGUGGCGGUGCUGCAACACGGAACGGUAGGGAAGAGCCUGGGCAAUGGAGGAGCGUGCUGCAAAAGUGGGCCCGGGUACGCCACCCCGCUCGACGCCAUGGCUGGUCCGAGAGAGGCUCUCAUCUAUGUAACUGCCGUUUACUCAGGAACGGGAAUAGAGAAGCCGGAUUACCUUGCCACGGUUGAUGUCGAUCCAAGUUCGCCUACUUAUUCCAAAGUAAUCCACAGGCUGCCCGUGCCGCAUUUAGGUGAUGAACUGCAUCACACUGGCUGGAACUCGUGCAGCUCUUGCCAUGGAGAUCCAUCUGCAGAACGGCGUUUCCUUGUACUACCUGCAUUAAUAUCUGGUCGUAUAUAUGUGAUAGACACAAAAACAAACCCGAAGGCUCCCUCUUUGCAUAAAGUUGUUGACCCUGCAGAUAUUGUUCAGAAGACUGGAUUGGCAUAUCCACACACAUCCCAUUGCCUUGCUUCGGGCGAUCUACUGGUUUCUUGCCUAGGAGAUAAAGAUGGCAAUGCUGUAGGAAAUGGAUUUCUUCUCCUUGACUCUGAGUUUAAUGUGAAGGGCAGGUGGGAGAAACCAGGGCACAGUCCACUUUUUGGCUAUGAUUUCUGGUACCAGCCGCGACACAAGACAAUGAUAAGCACAUCAUGGGGUGCCCCUGCUGCUUUCACUAAAGGUUUCAACCCUCAGCAUGUCUCGGAUGGACUGUAUGGGAGGCAUCUUCAUGUAUACAGCUGGCCAGAAGGUGAAUUGAAACAAACAUUGGAUCUUGGAAAUACAGGACUCUUACCCUUGGAGAUAAGGUUCCUGCAUGAUCCUUCUAAGGACACUGGAUUUGUUGGGUGUGCCUUGACAAGUAACAUGGUGCGAUUCUUCAAGACAGAUGAUGGUUCGUGGAGCCAUGAGGUUGCAAUAUCAGUGAAACCAUUGAAGGUGCAGAACUGGAUUCUUCCGGAGAUGCCUGGGCUUAUAACUGAUUUUCUGAUCUCACUUGAUGAUCGUUUUCUAUACUUUGUGAACUGGCUUCAUGGAGAUGUGAGACAGUAUAACAUUGAGGACCCCAAAAAUCCUAAGCUGACGGGCCAAAUAUGGGUUGGGGGGCUAAUCCAAAAGGGAUGCCCAGUUGUUGCUGAGGCUGAAGAUGGUACAACAAAGCAGUUUGACGUCCCAGAGAUCCAGGGGAAAAAGUUGAGAGGUGGACCUCAGAUGAUCCAGUUAAGUUUGGAUGGGAAGCGGCUUUAUGUCACCAACUCCCUUUUCAGUACAUGGGAUCGCCAAUUUUACCCCGACCUUCUGGAGAAAGGAUCUCACAUGCUACAGCUUGAUGUUGACACUGAGAAGGGUGGUCUUGCAUUAAACCCGAACUUUUUCGUCGACUUUGGAGCUGAACCGGAUGGUCCUUCCCUAGCCCAUGAAAUGAGAUAUCCUGGUGGUGACUGCACUUCAGAUAUUUGGGUUUAAUCAUUAAAGUUUCUCUUUGCAAUUGCUGUCUAAUUUUAUCCAUCUGGUACUGAAAAUAAUGUAGUAUGAACUUAUCUUUUAAAAUAAAUAAAAUAAAACCAUCCGGUGUGUGAAUUAUGACAUCAUA